ACAAGGGGCCCAGUCGAAGGCACAGGUCUCAAGUCCCGGGUCCGAGCUCCUCUGCGUGUGGCCCCCGAUUUGUAUGCGGUUCUUGGCCGCAACACAGUGGAAACCGCAAAUGACAGACACGCCAGAGGAGUGAAAAAUGAAAAUUAUAAACAAAAACGCAGACACCCGACAAGUGCAGAGGCCCAAGAAGGCGGAUUUCGUAAUGGCGCUUAAUGGCAAGCACAAACUGUUUCCCCACCAGCGAAUCCAGAUACCCUAGCCGUCAGAUACCCAGAUACCCAGAUACCCAUACAUAACGUCAUCGCUUGAUUUUCCAUGGGGCGCCAAACGAAGCGUGCAACCGAAAAAGCGAAAAUAGCAGACAAUAGCAGAAACAAAACGAAUAGAGCGCAAUAGAGAUUGCAUUGUACUUCGACGCGUACGGAUAUCUGGAUGCCUGGAUAUCUAGGUGUCUGGAUAUCCAUCCGUGCUGCAUCGAAGGGCCGUCUAUUUAUAGGACGGCUCCUCAGCGGGGGAGGUAGUUGCAUCUGAUAGCCCGGGGAUGGGAAUACGCGUGUACGUUCAGUAGCACUCCGGUCGUAUCCCGCGCUCCACUCCCCAAUCAAAGAUAGUGCAUCCCAUCGGUGACUGCUGUGCAUGUGAUCUAAUAAAAAUACAAAUGUGUUAUCCACUUUUGACAGCAAACUGUUAAUUUCUAAGGCAAAACGCCGUGUGUGCAGUUGGUGGAUAUGCCAGAUACAGAUGACUAUUCAGAUCCAGAUCGGAGAGAAGCCACAAUAAAGCCCGGGCGAGAAAUCGAGCGAUCGGCGAAGCAACAACUAGCACUCAACGCACAUUAACGCAAAUCGCCUCAAAUUAACACUGAACACUAAAAUCAAAAUACAAAGAUACAAAAGUGCGGAUAUAAUACGAUCUACAAGCCAUGAAUUCGAAGCCAACUACCAAGCCGGCCGAAAUUGAGCAGUUUUUGUUGGAUGUCCGCGCCCACUUCCGAGCCUCGCUGGAAACCUCGGAGUACGAGAACACCUCGAACCUAUUCCACGUGACAGCCGCCGAGCAGACCGCCGCACUUCUGGCCCGCUGCGAGAUCCUGCUGGCAGCAGCCAGUUCUGGAUCGGGAUUGGAACUGGGACCGGGACCGGGGUUGGGAUGCGCAGACGAGCAGGCGGCAGUAAACCACCGUUCCAGCCUGGUCGACUGCGUCGACAGCAAGGUGGGCGCGGAGACCGGUCCUGGCGGCUAUCUGGAGAUGCUUGCCUCCCCAUCCCCCUCGAAAAGCUCCCUGUCCGCCUCGCGAGAGUACAUUGAUUUGGGCAGCAGCGGAUCCCUGGAUCGUUGCUCCGUUAAUCAGGCGAUUCCGGGAGCCAAGGACAAGGAGCCACAUCAGCAGCUGUAUGAGAUUUGCCAGGGCCAGGGCACGUGUCAGGACGAGGACGAGGCGCAUCAGGCGAUCACCUUCACCCACGAGCUGUUCAUUGACUGCCCGUACGCAGAUCUGCCCGCUGGCCACUUGUCCCUGCAGAGAUCCACAAAAUACGGCCAGCUGCAGAGGAUUGUUCCAAAGCGGCUGUUCUUCGACCAGACCCGCAAGUGCUACUGUGGCAUCCUGAACGACUGGAUGCUGUGCUAUGCCGACGGGCCGACCGCCUGUCGACCCAGCAGCACCCUCUACUUAAAGAGCUCCUCCAUCGAGAUAGAGCACUUCGGUGAGGGCAAGCGGCGCGAUAUCUGCUUCCAGAUCACCACAGACGACCCCAAUAAGAAGUUCGUGUACCAGGCCAACAACGAAGUCGAUGCCAAAGAGUGGAUACACGCCAUUGAGGCGGCCAUCCGCGGAGAUGCCGGUGCUCAGUCAGCCCUGAAGAGUCCACCGCCCCGGAAACUGCCCACGCCACCGGUUCAGAAGAAAUCCACCUACACAGCAGCGGAUAUCAUCUACGAGGAGCCUUCGCCGGUAUACGGCCUAAUGGACUCGUCCUCCAUGGUUCUCCCAAAGCUGCCGGACAAGAACAACAGUCCCAGCGCCCUUGCCCGGCGUUUCGAGUACGAUGUGCCCAAAUGUCCGGCUCAGCCGCUGCAGGACGCCUCCGCCGGAGUAGCAUCUGUAAGUGGGGAGCUGGAAUCCCUGGGACUUCUCAAUGAGGGAGAUAUUAGGGUGCAACCGCAGCCUUCCAGCUUGCACGGAAACAUAUCGCUGGACUUCCAGGCAAUGGUGAAAACAGUGCACAGCGAGCUCUCCACCCAGUUGUCCAUGGCCGGUCCCAGUCAGGAUCGUCUGAAAAAGGCAUCGAAAAAGAGCUACUCGAACAGUACGGAACCGGAAAUGCUCUCUCCCCUGACCAGCCCCGCCCACACGCCCACCAAGGAUCAGAAGAAACAGCGCAAGUCAACCACCUCACCGCAAUCCAGUCCGGUCAGCAAGGACUGCGACAAGCUGGCUCGAAACUGGUUCCUCAGUCGUCUUAACAAGUCCACCGGAUUGAAAGCGACCAACACGGGCAGUGCGUCACCGAACAGCGCCAAGUGCAAGCAGAGCGAGAAGGAGAACCUGCUGACGGAAGCGGAGCUGGGCGAGGGCUAUGAUGCAAGUCCGGGUGAUCGCGAUCACGGCCUGCCGGGCAGCCCGCCGACGUCGCCGUGCCUGAAGGCGGAUACCAAGAGCAAGGUGAACAUGAUUAUCAACCAGUUUGAGAGCAGCGGUCACUUGUCCACCAUGUUCAGCGUGGAGGCGUUGGCCGCCAACGCACUCGCCUCGCUGACAUCCUUCUGCGAGAGUGAUGGUUGCAACAAUUACGAACCAAUCAUGCCCCUGGCCACGACUCCCAGCAGCUUCCUUAAGAAGGUGUAGACUGCCGCACAUCCGUCAUCUUCUAUUUUACAUCCGACGUCCUGGAGAGCUCGUUCGUCUCUGUAUUGUAGAUUUAAUUCUUAGGCUAGUGAAAACCACUCUCCGGAUGUCACUUAACUUUGACAUAAAAUUUUAAUAUCAAAACAAUGGUUGUUAACGUACGUAAAA